AUGUGGGAAUCUGAGUUGUUAAAGUGUGGUGAGAAGCAUGAAAAUUUGGCAUUUUCCAAGACAGUUGUGCUCAAAUGGUGGAAACCAACACCUGGGGUGGGUAAACUUAACACUGAUGGGUCAAUGAACCCCAUAAAUGGCCGCUUUGGGGGUGACGGGGUGAUUAGGAAAUCUGAUGGAAAUUGGUUAUAUGGCUUCUUCGCCAACUUUGGGUUUGGAACCGUUCUUAAAGUAGAGGCUGAAGCUCUAUAUGUUGGAUUGACAAUCGCCAGUGAACUUCAUCUUACGAGUUUGGAGAUCGAGACAGAUUCUUCUAUUCUUGUCCUAUUGGUGAAAGAUUCAGCCAAACUUGUUGUUUCUGAGCAGCUGCGUCAAACAAUUAUUAACUGCCAAAAUCUUCUAAAGUCUUUUCAGCAUUAUAUUUUUGAGCAUGUUUACAGAGAGCAAAACAUUAUGGUUGAUAAGCUUGCUGCUAAAGAUUGUGAGCAAGAAGGCCUACAUAAGUUUGGUUGUCCUCCGGACUUCUUUACUGAUGCGUUGGAGAAUGAUCUCUGUGGAAAAACCACUCCUAGACAGAUGGGAAAGGCGAAAAAUGGUAGGAAGAAGACUUGA